AAAUAACGUGAAAAGUUUUGUCAAUGCCAAGUUUUUACAAAUAAGGAAAAGUUACUAUAACAUGCACCAUGGACACCUACAACGAAAGCCUCGAACUGAAUAUUUCGGAGCCUUACCAACCGUACUACGAGAGACCAGAGACAUACAUAGUUCCACUCAUAUUUGCACUGAUCUUUGUCAUAGGAGUAGUCGGUAAUGGGACUUUAGUUACCGUUUUUAUUAGACACAAAGCCAUGAGGAAUGUUCCGAACACGUAUAUUUUAUCUCUAGCAUUAGCUGAUCUCCUAGUUAUCAUUACUUGUGUGCCCUUCACUUCGAUUGUGUACACACUUGAGUCAUGGCCGUGGGGUUCCACUGUCUGUCGGGUCUCCGAAGCGGCUAAAGACGUAAGCAUCGGAGUCUCCGUGUUUACACUAACUGCGUUAUCUGCUGAUAGAUACUUCGCUAUCGUAGAUCCACUGAGAAAACUUCAUGCUACAGGUGGCAGCAAGCGUGCGACACGACUCACCGUGGCGACUGCAAUCGGCAUUUGGAUAUUAGCGGCGGUUCUCGCUGCUCCUGCCUACAUUGGAUCGUAUCUACGUGCUUUCGUUGUCAAUCCAACCACUCAGUUCUUAGUUUGUUAUCCGUAUCCACCAGAAUGGGGAGAGAGUUACCCAAAAACAAUGGUACUUGUACGAUUUCUGGUAUAUUAUUCCUUACCACUGGCUGUUAUUGCAUUAUUUUAUAUUCUGAUGGCGCGUCAUCUAGUACUCAGUACGCAAAAUAUGCCCGGUGAAAUGCAAGGGACACAAAGACAGAUGCGAGCUCGUCGAAAGGUGGCUUUAACAGUUCUAGCCUUUGUUUUAGUCUUCGCAGCUUGCUUUCUGCCAUCUCACGUUUUUAUGAUGUGGUUUUAUUAUUGUCCGACAGCGCAAGAUGACUACAACGGUUGGUGGCAUGCUCUACGCAUCGUAGGAUUCUGCCUAUCAUUUUUAAACAGCUGCGUGAAUCCAAUCGCAUUGUACUGUACAAGUGGUAUCUUUAGAAAACAUUUUAAUAGGUAUCUUCUAUGUCGUUCUGGAUCUACUCACGGUCCGAGAGGAUCUCUGUCUCUUUCAACAUCUAGAAGAUUACACUCCAGCAGGAAAACUAAUAUAAGCAUGGUGCCAACACGAACGACCAGUGUUGGUCGCGAGAGCAGCAUUCGUCUCUUAAACAACGGCUCAUCGAAGCUCUGAGGAAGGAACAGCGGCUCGCGUAAUGCGGCCAACAACAACACGGAACGCACCAAAGAGAACUAUAGCAAGUGUCUAGUGUACAAAGCUGACGUUACAGCACCUUUUCCCAAGUGUUGCGAAACCGAAAACGGCGUUAAACAUGUUGAAACUAGGUUGGACGGCAAAGAUGUUAGUAGCACGGAAAGUUUCUAUCUACCAAUCGAUGGCACAUAUCGUUGAUUUAGUUUUGUACCCAGGCAUAUGGAGGACAUGUCACUUUUCUGUACAUCCUCUCCUCUUUCCUUUAAAAAUAGGCAACGCAUCUGUUACCUUAUUGCAGAUGUCUACGAGCAUCGGUUAUCUCACGCUAUAGGCCUAAUUUUAAUCCACGUUACCUUUCCACUCUUU